AGUCAUGUUGGGGAGUUUAAAUGGACACAAGCACUGGGGACUCUUCCUAGUUUGAGUCAAAAUAAGGAUGCCUUCUAUAUUUCACAGGCUGAGAGGUAUGAAGAGCCCACAUUUCCCCUACUACCUGUCAAGACAAGUCUGUGGGACCAUGAGACUGAAGUUAAUUCAUCUAUUCCUUCAGCCACUGUGGGGCUCCCAAACCCUCUCUAGGCCAUUUCGCUAUAUAAGCACAAGACUGCUUAGCCCUCAGAAGACAUUUGCUGACUUUGAAGCCAUUCACCAAGGAAAACAGGCAAUACCAGAGUAUUUUAAUUUUGCCAGUGAUGUGCUCGACAUGUGGAGUCAGAUGGAGAAGGCUGGAAAAAAGUCCCCAAAUCCUGCUUUCUGGUGGGUCAGUGGUCAGGGAGAGGAGGUAAAAUGGAAUUAUGAAGAGCUGGGAAUCCAAUCCAAGAAGGCAGCCAAUGUUUUGUCCAGAGUAUGCAACCUGCGGCCAGGGGAUCGAUUGCUAGUGAUUCUCCCCAGGAUCCCUGAAUGGUGGUUGGUUUCUGUGGCUUGUAUGAGAACAGGGGUUGUCAUCAUCCCUGGAAUCUCUCAGCUAACUAUAAGGGAUAUCCAGUACCGAUUGCAGGCAUCUGGUGCCAAAGCUAUUAUUACCAAUGACUCUUUAGCACCUCAUGUGGACACCAUUAGCGCUGACUGCCCUUCUUUGAGGACAAAAGUGCUUGUCUCUAGUAGUAGCCGGCUUGGCUGGCUGAACUUCAGAGAAUUAUGCCGAGUGGCACCUGAAGAACACAACUGUGUGAAGACUAGAAGUCAAGACCCAUUAGUUAUCUACUUCACCAGUGGCACCACAAGUUCACCCAAGAUGCUGGAACACACCCAAGUCAGCUAUGGAUUGGGCUUUGCCACUUGUGCAAGGAAGUGGACAGACUUAUCAGAUUCCGAUAUCUUCUGGAACACAUCUGACACAGGCUGGGUCAAAGCUGCCUGGACCUUCUACUCUACUUGGAUAAGAGGAGCCUGCCUUUUCAUUCACCAACUGCCAAAGGCUGACAUCAAUGUUAUCCUAAAUACUCUCUGCCAAAUGCCAAUCACUACCUUCUGUUGUGUUCCAACCAUGUUCCAGAUACUUGUACAGCAUGACUUGACCAGGUACAAAUUUAAGAGCCUCAGGCACUGUGUAACAGGAGGAGAGACCCUCAAUCCUGAUGUGAGAAAAAAAUGGAAGAGUCAGACAGGUCUGGAGUUGCAUGAAGGCUAUGGCCAAUCUGAAACGGCUUUAAUCUGUGCCAAUCAAAAAGGCAUGAAAAUCAAGUCAGGUUCCAUGGGGAAAGCUUUUCCACCUUAUGAUGUCCAGAUUGUAGAUGAUGAAGGCAACAUCCUUCCUCCAGGAAAAGAGGGUAACAUUGGCAUCAGGAUCAAACCAAAGCCACCUCUCUGUUUGUUCACAGGCUACGUGGACAAUGCUGAGAAAACAGCCUCUUGCAAACGGGGGGACUUUUACAUUACUGGCGACUGUGCCCAUAUGGAUGAAGAUGGUUACUUCUGGUUUAAGGGAAGAGCUGAUGAUGUGAUCAAUUCUGCAAGUUACCGAAUUGGACCCUUUGAAGUAGAAAGUGCCCUGUCAGAACAUCCUGCUGUUGUUGAGUCAGCUGUAGUCAGCAGUCCAGACCCCAUCAGGGGAGAGGUGGUAAAAGCUUUCAUAGUUUUGAAUCCAGAUUUUAUCAACCAAGAUCCAGGGGAGUUGACUCGGGAUCUGCAAGAACAUGUCAAAAGGUUAACAGCACCGUAUAAGUACCCCAGGAAGGUGGAAUUUGUCCAAGAGCUGCCAAAGACAGUCAGUGGGAAGAUUCAAAGGAGCAAAUUACGAAAGAAAGAGUGGAAAAAUUAAUGUGGAAUAGAAGGCAUUCUUAUUGGACUUUCAGCAUUCCUUGGAGUGGCUUUGAGUUGAUCUUCCCCUUGCCUUUACAGGAAGAAUGUUUCAGUGAUCUAUUGAAUGAAAAGCCUGCUCUGGAUCAUAAUUCAAGGAAUCAUCUUAGGAAUGUACCCUCUGAAUAUCCUGAGUGUGCAUUGAGCUAAUAUCCAAAAUAGGCAGCUAGUAACAAUAAUAGUUCACAUUUAUAUCAUGCUCUGCUCUAGAUUUUAUAAAUUGGUUUAGUCACAAUAACCCUCUAAUACAUGCAAUAUAAAUUAUUCACAUUCUCAUAUUAUAGAAAAUGAAAUGGGUUCUAAGAACUGGUCAGAAAUGUAGGGUACAGUACCUUGGAGCAAAUUCAACUGAUAAAAGUGGGGAAAUAGCUGGAGAUGGGGACAGUGCAUGAAUUGAUAACCAAGAUAACAAGUCCAAAUAUGAGAAUAGUCACAAGAGAGGAGGCUGCACCUUUCAAAAGUUCAAGUUAGUCCAGUUGAAAAUAGUGAAGAAACCCACUAGUAGAAGAGAACCAAGACAAUGGAAGUGGGAAAUUCAAAGUAUCUGCAUCAUGGGAUAUGAUGGGACCAGUAGAGGACUUUGAGUCAUGGUUCAAGUAUAGCUGUCACUAUGAGAAAAAAUAUCCUUCAUCCUCCUUUACAAAAAAAAAGCACAGAUAUGUCAGUGCCCUAAGGAAAAGUGGUGUCAACUGGAUUCAAAGCUACGUUCAGUUCCAGUUCAAUGUUCUUUAAUAAGAAUAACACAGGUCAAAGAUCAUAACUUUAAAACUGGAAGAGACCUCAGAGUUCAUCUAAUCUAAUCACUUUAUUUUACAGUUGAGGAAAAAAAUCAGGGAAGUUGUGUUUUAUGGGUGAGAGAAGUUCCCUUAUGAAUAAAUAAAACAAUGAUUGAGGUUUAUGGUAAAAUUUUGUGAUCUUUUGAUU